CAAUUCCCUCAUAAUAUAAACGCCUCGUCCCACCACUUGUCUCUCAUAAGCAAUACAGACAAAUGGAAGCUAUAGUACUGAUCCCGUUCCCAUCGUCGCCACUCAGGUUCCACCCAUUGAGGACAACACAAAGGAUCGCCACCGGAACGUCCAAGAGAAGACGAGCUUCCACCACCGUGUGUGCUGACUACUACCGAGGAGGAAGAACGGUGGACGAGAACAUGGUUGUCCUCAGGAAACGGAUCCACGAGAUGAAGAUGGUUGAGCGAAACUAUGAACCUCCUUCUCAUUGGAUGCAAUGGGAGAAGCGUUUAUAUUGUAACUACGACGCUACUAUAUGUGACGCAAUCUCUCUUCUCCAAACUUUUCUUAUGAACUCUCGUCCUAGCGUCGCGUUUGGAACGAUGCUUGUUCUCCUCGUCAGCGUUCCUGUUUCCUCUGCCGUUUUUGCGCUUCGCAUCCUCGAUUUAGCUCUUUGGCUUUUGGUCGCCGCUCACGUAGUAUGAUCCGUAAAGAUUAUAUAUAUUUUCUCUUUGUUGUUUUAUCUCGUAAUUAACUACUUCUUUUAAAAAACUAAAGAAAGAAAUAGUUAUUUUUCAAUAUACAUAUUGAGAAAUCGUAAGACAAUAUACUGUAUCUGGAUUUGUAUUUUAAAGAAUCCUAAUUUGAUUUCGUAUGGUUUUACGAAAACCGAAAGUAAUGAAUCCUUUUUCAUAUGGUA